AUUCUUAGGUCCAUGGACUUGACAAAGUCACAAGGCUACCAACAAAUUUAGUGUGCUUCUUAAUUAAGAAAGAUUUUUCCUAAGAAAGCAGAGGGAUCGGAUCGGAGCCAGGUUCGACAUACGCGUGCUUUACGAUAAGAAACGAUAGGGGUUCGACAGUAAUUCGGACAAAUUACAACUUGCUUACAGUCAGUGAUAUCGUUGGAAAAUCAAGAGUUACGAAAUAAAACCAAGUUGCGAUUUCUAACCCGGUUUCUACACGGUGGUUCAAAUAGGAACUAGAAAUUAAGAACACACACGAAUCAGUUUCUGUACCUUGGUGUUUCAUUCCCCUACUAUGUAUACUUCGGAUUUGACAGUAAUUGUUCGAUAAUUUUUUUAAUUUGCUAUUUCACUUUACGGAGCUGAAGAUCGAGUGUAAAGAUCUUGCGCCAACAGCGUGUCAAUUUGUGAAAGAAAAAUCAGAGCGGCAGAGUUUAAAUGAAAGCUCAAAUGCGGCAUCCUCUCAGUUCUCGUGCCAAAAGACAGGAUUUGCUAUUACCGAAUCUUGGAACAACAGUAAAAGACAUACGUUUAUCUUGUGCCAAGAAUUAAUUAUUCGUCUGCUUAGUGAACACUGCACUGUUGUGUACGCUCCAAUGUACUUCAAUUCCUUGAAUAGUGUUUCCACACAGAUGCAUCGACAGAUAUCUAGUCUGGAGGAUCAUGGAUGUUGACUGCACGAUAGUCAGUUUGAAACGAUCUAGUAGCGCACCCAUGAUCAACAAGAUUACUGCGACAAUGUCUGUGACCUCACCUUCCGCCACUGCACCAAGGGAUGUUCCAUCGAAUUUUAAUAUAUUUUCAAAUUCACCUCGCAUACGACGCUUCAGCACUAGUAGUUCUGGAACUGUUCCUAGGCUAACUCCGCGUGUAAGUCAGUUAAGGCAAGAGGAGUGCAUCGGUGUUGCUGGUCGCGAAGCGGCGCAUGAGAAAGAGAUACACAGUGCCAUGCAAAUAUCUCAAUCUUGGGAGGAUCUCACGAUCGAAGCAGAAGGACUGUCCUUCAAAGAUUCAGAAUCAGCUUCGCUACAAUUUAAAAUAGAAUCACGGCCAAUUACAAAACGAGUUCUUGAUCCACUCAGUAUCAAUUUAUCUGUAAGUGGUCAAACUACAUAUUCGUCUCCAUCGCCAACAAGAUCUAAUAUUGGUCCGAGACAAUGUUAUUCGCCUGGUGUUCAUGCAGUUGCUUGGAAGAAUAACUUAUCACCUAGCCCUACCAGGAAAGCAUUUGCCACAAGACGGAGUUUAAGUCCUAUUGCAAUACGACCAAGUUGUUUAGCUUCGGUAAAGAGAAAAUUUGAAUUGGAUGACUCUGGAAUGGAUCAUCAAUUACAGCCACCCACGAAACGUACCUCUGGUCUACUGACUUCAGCCACGUCUAGAUUGGAUGUGGCAAUAUCUAGUCUCCAUCCAACUAUUAGUUCAGUCGGGACUUCGGAAUCGUGUUCCAGUCUCGAUUCUCCUGGUUUCUCCUUUCGUCCUGUAGAUAGUCCCUCUCCCGGUCCUGGUGUCACUUCGAUUAUUAGCGAUGAUCCAUCAUCUUCCUCUUCAUCCUCAUCUUCUUUAUCUUUUUCUUCUUCUUCCCCUUCCCCUUCCACUUCUUCCUCGUUUUCUUCUUCGAUCACUUCUUUCACGGAAGGGUCAGGAACGCAGGUAAAAACGUUUGAAGAAAUCCGGAAGGAGCAGAUCACGCGAGAAAAUCACGGAUAAAGAGAUACAUGUAGAUGAACUUUCAAAGAAUAAUGUGUAUCAUUUUGACGAGGAACUUUUCUUUGUGAAUUGUUAAGAAUGAUAAUUAUAGCGAUCAAUUGUAUGUAUUGAUUUUGCCCUACGGGUAAUUUUUGAACUUAAUGCCCAACUCUUUUCUGGUCAUUCCUAUUUAUUAAUUUUCGUGUCCUGAAAAUUCUUCAGAUAUGUAUCACAAUUGCAUCGUAAAUGAUCACAGACUCGUUGAGAUGCUUACAAGUGCUACUUUAUCAAAUAAGGGUGAUGCGAUGAGAUACAUGUACAAACAUAUAAAUACACAUAACGUGAACGCAGUUCGAAGACCAAAGCGAGCUAUUUAGGAAAUACGCGUGCUUCCUACCUUUAAGACUGAAUUCUGCGUUUUCUAAUACAUCGAAUCCAAACAUUCUUUUUUUCUGUAGGAAGGGUACGUACGUAUACAUGACAUUCAUUUAAACCCAUACAAAAAAUUAUAAAUAAGUCAUGACAAGUACGGCCCUAUUUCUCAUUAAAUAACCAUGCGAACUUGUCCUCUGCGAGAUUCCUGUUUUCUCAAAAUAGGUAAAUUAGCUUAUGUACGAUGUAUGUCGAUUGAUUGAAUUCGCGCAUUAAUAGUAUUAUUGAUUCCAUGAAUCUCCAAUCCUGUAUAGUGUGUAAAUAAACUAUCUGUAGUAUGUACUUUUAAUUCUGUGUAUACAAUAUUUCGGAAAACAAAUUAUAUCAUAGAAAAUGAAACUGCUGUACGUUU